CCGACAGAUCACGCGUGCGAAUAGUAGACGCUAAAUGGGCGUGUGACGCCUGGAGAUUUGACAAAUCGCUUUUGUUUUUUUGUGUAUCUUUUGGUUAUUCAGAAUAUUUUUGUUUAUUGUGUUCUGUUUAUUAUUUAUUUCUAUUUAACAUGAUGGACGCUAUUGCUAAUCGUCCUCAUAAGAUGAAAAACUUACAGCUGAAAUCUUCAACUCAAAAUGGAGAUGCAUUAGAGAAAUUUGGGGAUCAAGGUGGUUACUUUGAUGUAGUCGUAAGACCAAUGUUACAACAGGGUCAUGAAGGCGAGCUCUGCAGCUGGUUAAAAGAAAUGAGUUUAAUACGCACUGUAUCACACUGUCCAAACACAACUUGCAAUGGACGAAAUCUAGCAUGGAAUGCUGCUAGAAUAAUAGACAAAUAUAACUGGGCAUGUCCUGAAUGUACGCGUAAACAAUCCAUACGAGAGAGCUCCUUCUUCUUAGCAAUCAAAUGUGACCUGAAGAUGUGCCUUCAAGUGAUAUUGGCAUGGUGCCAAGUAAUUCCAGCAAGUGUCACUGCUAAUUACUUAGAUUUAAAGGAUUAUGUUGUGAAGAAAGUCUAUGAAAGAUGCGCCAAAGUUUCUGAAGCCUAUGUCGUACGACAUCCAGAGGAGUGGGUAUUGGGAGGACGAAAUAUGGUGUUGAUAGUAGAUGAAUUUCCUGGAGGUUGUAUGACGGAAAAUUACGUGGAUAUUACAGUGACGAAAAAACGCAACAAUAACUGUCACACAAUACUUUGCAUCGCAGAAGCAAAUGCUAUACCACCUCGUAUGUGGCUCCAUAUGAUUCAGGCAGUGCCUGAGCCAAUAAAAUCAGACAAAAGUCAUAUUGGUAGCAGCAGGUGUGGCAUGGUGGAAGAAGCUCUAAAGGAAAUUAUCCAGCAUGUUAUGCCUGACAGUUACAUCGUGGCUAAUAGUCGAGCUCGAUGCUGCAGCUACGAAUCUCUUCAGGAAUUAAAACAAUACAGGGUGAUAAGUGUUGAGCAUUUGCAAAAACUUGAUCCUCCAGGAAAGAACAAGCUUCUCAAUAAUCUCGAAACAAUAUGGCAGACCGGUGUUGAAGUCUGUGAAGAGAUUCAGGAAGCGUCACAUUCCUCAGGUCAGAAUAUUCUCUCUACUCACCUUUGGCGACAGAGAUUUGGUACAACACCAUCCACAGCCUUUCAGUAUAUGCUCAAUCAUAUUGCGGAGUAUUAUCGAUUUACAUAAGUCCGCGAUAAUUAAUUUGAUUAAUCAUUUUAAUAACGUCCAAUUUUUUACGAUUCGGACCCAAAGAGUUACCGAAAUUUUAAUACAGCCGAUUACGAGCAGUUACCGAAAUAUGCUAGAUCGCCUGUAUCGUAGUAAUAUUUAUUACUAGAGAUAAUGAUUUAUUAAUUAAUUGUUCAAAGAAGUAUUACGCACGAAUUUAUGUAACGAAACGAAUACUUCGUCUAAUCUGCACACGGUAUUUGCUAAUUACUGCCAGUAAUGCUAAUAGCAAUGCUCGUUUUACUUGCCCAGGAUGCAAAGUAAUAUCCAUUGUUGAGACUAUAUAUUUUAUAAGAAAUUUUACCCUGUCGUUUAGUGUUAUUACGCCGUUCAGUAAACGUACGAAGCCCGUGUCUUCCAGGAUAAAGAAAAAAAAUAAAACAAAUUUUCGAGGCAACGCACAAUAUUUUAUUAUCACGCAAGUGCCUAUGAUGCGAGAGUAAUAAUUUUCUAUCAGGGAAAUUUUACUAUUAUUAUGAUAUGUAAUUUUCUAAUUCAAUGGAUAUCGCGAAAAUACUUUAAGCAAUUUAUUACAGUUACGUACCGAGCAUCACAUGGACUUGGAUAGUUCGAUGAGCACAGAUUUUUUUAUAAAGAAUUAUUAUUUUAAUUAUUAUGAAACUCAUACGUUUAGUUACGUCAUUUUGUAGUGUAUUAUAAUGUUCCUUGUUGGCGAAAUGCAAUUUAGCAAUACCGAGGGUGAUUGACAUUUAUAAACGGAUUCAUAAGACUUUAUUUUAUUUCGUUAUCUGUUUAAUUUACAAUGUGUUGCAUAAUACCAUGUGCAAUUUACAUAAACCAGUUGAAGAUAAGUACGAACGCCGAAUUAAGUUGAGAUUUAAUUAUUAAAAUCAUUGAAUUCUUUAUGAUUUUUAAAAUUUUUUCUUUUACUUUAUACUGCAAUGCUUUUCUUUUGUUUAAACACGGAUCGAGCUUUACAUUUACUAUUUAUUGAUAUUAUCUGAAAAUUUCUGUUGGUUAACGAUUCAUUUGAGUCCGACCGAUGGAAUCUUUUUUUUUAAUUUUUUAAGAUCAUUCUGAGUCUUAUCAUUGUUCAUGAAUUUAAAUACGCACGACGAUGUCAAUUGAUAUAUUUUGUGAAAUGUUAUACAAUAAGAGAAUUAUUACUGCACUCAUUCAGUUAGCAAUAUAUUGAAAUUACAUUAUCAUUAAUUGUAUUAUAUAAGAUAUUUCAUUAAUUGUUACAUGAAUCUAUUCUAACUAUACAUAUAUGCGAACUAUUGAUAUAAUAGCUUCGAUUAUAAGAAUGUUCAUUGGAAAUUGAUAUGUAUUUUAUACAUUUAUUACAUUUAUAUUGGAAUAAAAAAACGCGAAAUUUCGAUGGGUAUUUCACAGAUAAAAAACA